AGAAGGUGUUGAAAAACUCGAGAAGUACAUUAGUAACCCUAUACGGUCAUCAUGAACGAUGGUAACAGGGACAACAGCAUGCAUUAGUAACCCUAUACAUAUUACGUCUUCCGCUCCUACCUCUCCGUGAACAAGCACAAGCUUGAUAAAGAUUAUAUCCUGCAAUUAUAGGAUCCACAUGGCCUCAACUACAAGAACAUAGAUACUGCAAGAUGUCCUCUACGUAUUUUCUACAAAUACGUCUCCCAUCCUUCGCAGUGAAGAUGAUUAGAGUAGCUUUCAUUCUACGACUCGCGCCGGCCUCUACAACCUUUCCACUAGUAGUUGGGGCAUCAACGGCGCCAGCAGGCUCGCACUAUUCAACCGCUGGCCAAGAGCUGGUCGAGCCUGAGGCUAUUUCCUCAGUUGGCGGCACGCUUUCUACAACGCUGACGAUAUCGCAAUGGAGUUUCACUACCCCAGCUGGCGUGACCUUGAAAGUGCGUGCCUAUAACGAUCGACUGCCUGGGCCGACUUUGAGGCUCAAUUAGGAAAAGGAGUUCAAAUUGAGGUUGUCGAUCAAGUCUCAUUUAGUAGGAAUUUCGACGAUUUCAUCAGCCAACUGAAAAACCACCUCUAAUUAAAGCGUGGCGACACGGUAAAUGUGAAUCUGGUGAACAGUUUAGGGCAAUGCUCGCAUCCAGGAGUGGAAAAUCAGCUACGAGACUCCUGCGUCACGAACCUGCACACUCAUGGUCUGCACAUUGGAUCGAAUUAUGGCUUCUGAUAGAAUUAAGCCUCUCGACUGAGAGAUUGGCACUAUCAAGAGGAAAGUGUGAUCUAAAUUGGGUAGAAAUCGUCAGGGAAAUCUUAGGUAACCUGCCAAAUACUCAAUACUCUUGAAAAGCGCAGGCACCUAUGUAUCUAUAUCAAUUGAUCUUCAAGCGCAUUCAUCUGCCUACUCAAAAGUUUUUGAUCAAGAAUUAAGAACCUGAACGAGUCGAUCCAUCUCGCCUCUUCGAAAAUUUUUGAUACUCGUCGCUUAUAUACAAUUACUGCAAGGUCUGAAGCUUCUGAAACUAAGUUCUGAAACUCCUUCCGAAACUAAAAGGAUACUAACUACUCUUAAAAGGGAAAUCUUAGGUAACUCAGUUAAUGAAGAUCAAGCUAAUACUAAGUAAUGAAUAAAACUAAAGGCUUCUUCUAAGUAAUGAAGAUCAAGCUAAUACUAAGCACAUCUCAGCACUCGUCCGUUGCGCUCCGUCUUAGUUUUAAUGAAUAAACUAAUAGGCUACAACUAGUUCUAGUUUACUCCAUUUUUGUAAUAUUAGUAGGCUAUUUCUAUUAGUUAAACUAUUAAUACUAAGUUGUACUCCAUUUUUGUUCAUCUUCUAACCAAACCGACCGGAAGAUGAUGUCCUAUCUGUAAAACUUGCUCCGUCAACAUCGUUCUCCUACAGUUACAGCGUCCCGCCAGACCAUCAGGGUGGCACCCACUGGUACCAUCCCCACCAUCACGGCAGCACAGCGCUGCAGACUGGAGCAGUCGCUGCAGGAGCACUAAUUGUGGACUAUGGAAUGCGCCAUGUUCUAGUAGAAGAGGUCGCAUUAGCACGUAGUAGAAGAGGUCUUUUUGGCCAACAAAGUACGAUCAACGAGAGGCGAUGGCCAACAGUAGCCUCUAGCCUAAGCCUAGGACAAAGCAGUAGACCCCCGAACAAGACUUGGCUCUAUCAGUAAAAAUAGCGCCAAGAUAUCGAUAUUUGAGACAAUAGAGUCGCCAAUAAAGUAGUGCCAUCUCUAACUCUAUCUUUAAUGCCAAAUCAGCUACUUCUUCCUUGUUGGUGUUUAUCGUCUUCUAAGAGGACAAUAAAAUUGAUUCUUCUAAUUUCAUGACGAUCCUGCAGACGGUCUGAGUUCGCUUAUCACCAGCAUGGCGGAAAAGGUGUUCGUGAUGAGCAUCCUCAACAACGAUAUCGCAGCAUUAGAUUAAGGGUUGCGUGGUCAUCUACAAGCUGUGUCGGUCACAGAGAGGAGUGGAAAGAUCCACUUGGACGGCAACGACUUUACUCAGGUUGCCUGUCUUUACUCGGGCUCGAUUUGCAAGAUCCAAAACCUAACCUAACCCCAACUACACCAAAAUAUCUUCUUGAUGUUCUGCUGCGCAAGGGGUUAGAGUUAGAAGUAGUUUGGUGAAUUGGGAUUCAGGGGGGAAGAGGCGGGUGGAUAGGCGGGGCGGUAGACAAGUGAACUUGCAGCCUCUAAAUCGAGUCCGAGGCUGGCGGGAAUUGGAUCACUACGAGUCCAUCGCAGCCGCUGCUUUUAGUGAAUGGGAUGACGCGGCCUAGGCUCACCCUCGUAGCAGGUAAAUGGACUAGACUUAUGCCCAAGCAUUUAAAGUUUCUAUCUUUCUCAAUCUCAGCAUGAUCUAUUUGUUGGUAACCUAGAAGAACGUAACCCGGUUUUGUUCCCAUGGAAUGCUUGCAUGAUCUCUCAAUUUGUAUACUUUUGAUUCCGUAGAACUAGAAGAGGUGCAUGUGCAUGAUCUCUUUAGAAGUAUCAUUGGUUCUAUAGUUCCGAUGAAUAAUAGAACUGGAAGAAUAGCUUUGGUCUAGAUUAGCAGGAUAUCUUUGGUGCCCAUUUGUUCCGAUAGAACAAAAAUACAAGGGAACAAAAGGCACUUCCACUACCAAGAUGAUGGGGAGACCAGGAAGGUAGAUCCAAGCUGACUCUAAUAGACUGCGAACCAUCCUGGCUGCAGUGAUUCACUAUGUCGUUCUCAAUAUCCCAUCUGAUUGUGAAGCCAUGUUACUUGCAAAAGACGGGGUGUGGCUUAUGGGCGGCCCAAGACCGGUUUCGCAAAUCCUAUGGGCGCCCGGCAAUCGGAAUGACUUUGCUGUACGCUGCAACACGGUUGGCGGACCUUAUCUUAAGAGCCUGAGUCUGUCUGUCUAA